GAGCGCUGUGGCCAUUUAAUGAGCAUGCGUGACACUUAGAAAACCCGAACACCCUUCUGGAUACCGUUCGUCUUCACCGGCCGUGUCAGGAUGGAGGAAGCAGAACUAUUAAAGGAGCGACUUCAAGCUAUUACGAAUAAGAAAAAAAUCCAAGAGGAAAUUGCCCACAAACGGCUUGAAAUUGACAGAGAGAAACUGAAGCUUCAGCAUGUUAAGAAAAGGUCCACGAGAGAUCUGUGGCUCAUGGAUGGGAUGAACAGCAAUAAUCCACUGGAAACACAAAAAGCUCUUGAAGAUGCCCAACAAACAAAACACCUCAAGAGUAAUAUAUAUCAGAUAGAGAAAGAGAUUGAAGCAUUGGAGAGAGAGGAAAUGAACAUCUCAACAAAUGAGGGGCUGAUUCUAAAGAGGCUAAAAGCAAUUGAAAAAUCUCCAGAGGACAUCAUUAAGGCAGUGAAUGCAGAUUUCAUAUCAGACCCGAUAUAUAUAAAUUCAACAAUUCCAAAUAUGAUAAAGCCCAGCACAACUCUAUUAAAUCAGAGGAAGAAACAAGACCUGGAAACUGAAGCAAAAAAGGAUCAAGCCAAACCUGCUUUGUUUGCCAUGGAAAUUAAUGUUCAGAAAGACUUGCGCACAGGUGAAAGCCAAGUGCUGUCCACCUCCGCCAUUUCUCCCCAAGAACUCCAGCAGAGAGGCAUCAAAGUCUACGACGAUGGCCGUAAGUCAGUCUACGCCUUACGCACGGACGGUGACCAGCCAGGUGCGAACGGAGUGGAUGAACUCAGUCCCGUGGAGGUUGAGGAGCUGCUGAGACAGGCCUCUGAGAAAAAGAAGAGGUCCAAUCAGGUUCAAAUGGACCCUUCUUAUCCCUACAACACCUCCCAUGAACCACAAUUAGACAUAGAGAGCCACAAAACCAACGGACACCAAGAUCCCUACAGCAUCGACCUAUCUGCAUGGCCCGAGCUUGUAUACAAUGAUGGUAUUCACUAUCCGGUAGACGUGGGUCAUAGACUUCCACUCCUUCCAAUGCCUGAUUAUAAUGACAGACCAGACGAAUACUAUCAAAACGGCAAUGGGAACUACAGCCGUGAGCUAUAUAGCGGGGAAAGACACGCACACGGACAAUAUCGCAGCCGGGGAACACAGCAUUUGGAUUGUGACAUCAGAAACCACAGCUUGUGCUCGGCCUACUCUGAGGACUCCAAAGUGAGUAUCCUGAAUGCCAUGCCAUCAGAUGAGCCAGUCACCAUGAUCUUUAUGGGCUACCAGAAUGCCGAAGAUGACAGCCAGAGCUAUGAGGGCUCGGUUCGGGCAGAGCUGGUAAUCGUUGGAGAUGGUGAAGAUGACACAAGCAAGAGCUUCCACUCUCAUCAGAGCUCCAACGCCAACAACGCCUUUUCCUACUCUGCCGGAAGGAAAGGCAAAAGAGAGGGUAUUGAGGACCCAUCAACUACAGGUACCCGUAAGAUUAAAAAAGUCAAAGAGAGACACAAGCCCUGCUGUGUGCUGAUGUAGUUGCACUAACACUCUAUCAGCUCUUCUAUGAUGCAGCUUCUCACCAGACUGACUUUCCUCACUCUGCAUGCUGGACACUGCUGUGGUUUUCCGUUUUUCAGUGUCUUAAAUCAUCCUUCAUGUUGUCAUUUGCUUAUGUUGUCUGACAGAGUUUGUAAAAAAACACCUUGUCGCACAUGUGUAGCUUUAGAGCAGGGGUCUUCAACUGCAGGGGGUCCAUCAAUUAUCAUUAAAUCUCAAAUAUUUAUUUUUUUAUGAAAAUGUGUUGGACAAAUAAAUCGAUAAUAAGUUAACUAAAAACAAAUCUGGUCUUCUUAAUACACAACAGUUUAAAAGUUUGGGGUCGGUAAGUGUUUUUUUAAUGUUUUUAAGGAAGUCCUUAAAAUCACAGAAGAUUUAUUUGAUCAAAAAUACAGUAAAACCAGUAAUAUGAAAUAUGUGUAAAAAAAAUUCAAUUCAAAAUAACUUUCUAUUUUAAUACGUUUUAAAAUGUAAUUUAUUCCUCUAAUGGUAAAGCUGAAUUUUCAGCAUCAGCUCUCGUUCCCUCUCAAGGAACUGGGGUUAUAUUAAUAACCUAGACACUCCCUUUUGAGGGAACUCACUGCUGUGUCAUAACAUUGACGCUAUGGGAACGUUAAUACCCACUUUGCCCUGCACCUGCUUCAAUAAGCUGUGAAGAUAUGCACAAUCAUAGAGCUAGUGUCAAUAACUCAAGCGAUUUACACCGGAAUUGAAUAUGUCAAAGUCUGUUCUGGCGCAUAACCAUGACAUGCAAUGCCCUUAAUACCUAGAAGAGACAGUCUCAGGUAGUGACGUUCCCGAAAUUCUAUAUUCUAACUAACCUGGUAAAUUCCAUAAUAGCCCAACAAUGGAUGAGAUAAAACCUGAUUUAGCCUAUAAACACCACCUUUUCUAGCAAAAUAGAAAAAUAUUGUCAUAUAUAAAACAAAAAAAAACUUUAAAAAAAAGUAAUAAAACAAGUUAAUCAGUAAAUAGCAAGUUAAUAAUCAAAUAAGUUAGCCCCGCCCCCUCACGAUAAUAUUGUGUAUUGCCGAUCUCACCACUUUUGAACGGACGUGUAUGUCAUUGUACCUCCCAUAUUAAGAUUACAUUUGCAUUUCAAUUUCACCUAAUACACUUAAUAUGUAAUUCUGAUCAUUUUAGUGAAUUUGCAAUGUAAACAUAAGUAUGUAAAUGCAUUCCUGUGCAGUAUACAUUUAUUAAUGGUCAUCAUUAAUGGUCAAUCUUAAAAUACCUCAAUUAAAUGAUAUGCAAAAUGUGUCGCUAUUCAUCAAGGGCUCCUUGAAAAAAAAAGACCCCGAUUUAGAGCUAUACCUCCCUCUAACGGCGAAAGGGCAGAAAUGCACUUCUCUUUCAAAAUAAAAUAUGCAAUAACUCUUUUUUGUUUUCACCUGCCAAACUUUCUAUGCUUCAAACUUUCUACUUUCUAUAUUUUUUCAUAUUUUGCUUAUAAUUUCCUCCCUGUGUUUUUGCCGCUUGCAACUAUAAGCAUGAAAGUAUUCCAUCUGUUGUGACUUGAACAGGCAUGCGUGCUUUCAUGGAUUGUGUUUCUUUUCUGUCAUGCAUCCUUUCUAAUGCUUUGACAUUAAGUGUAUGAGAGUGUAAAAAGAGUGAGAGAUUAAUAUUUGUAAUAAAACUGAUUGAAUGAGUCUU